CCUGAUGUUGACCGUUGGAAGAGAAAAUACAAGGAACAUCCGUCAUCUAUCUAUUUCUGAUGAUGUAUGUCUAAAUAGCUUGUCAAAUUGCUCAAUCCGAACAUCACGUACUUUUCUCCAGUUGAAACAGAAAACAUGGAUGAUUUAAAGCUUGUUAAGAGAGGCGAGCCAAAGGACUUGAAAGCUCUUGUCAACCACAAAGGUAAAACAAGUCUGAAAUGUUUGUCGAACACAUCGAAUAUUACUGAAGAAUGUGACAUAAGUAAAGAUGAAAAUUUGCAUAUAGAAUUUCUUGAAAAUGAUACAAAUCGCCAUCUAGUGGCGGAUGUUCAUGAGAUGAUGCUAGAGCAUGUCUAUAAUAUUGAUGAUCUUAAGAGCAUUGAUAUUGAUGGAUAUGAAGCAAUCAACUUGCCGAGUUGGGCAUCUCCGGUGGCAAAUUAUUUUCCAAAGCUCAAGCGUAUAGAACUUCAGAAUUGUAAUGCUUUGGUACAUAUCAGCUCAUUGAGUCAACUAUAUCAUCUCAAAUUUCUCAAGCUAAGGAAGAUGGAAAAUGUAGAGUACAUGGAGAAGGAUGCACCUUCUUCAUUAAUGCCAUUCUUCCCAUCUCUUGAGAAUUUGGAGCUAGAAUAUGAACAAGUUAAAGGGGUGGUGGAAAGAUUUGACAUGGAAGGAGGAGGAAACCGGGGGUGGGUCUUUGGUGUAUGGAAAUGCUCGCUUUGAUCAGGGUGUGUCCCUCCCAUCAUUUCCUGUUCUGAGUGAUUUGUGUGUUGGAUUCUGCGAAAGCAUGACAUACUUUCCUCCAUGUCCACAUAUGAAAAACUUGAGGCUAGACAAUGUCAUGAAGACUUGAAAUUUUGUACGAAGGGAGGGAUACUACCAAGUGAAGUCGCGGGCUCGUCUUAUGUUGUCUCCAAAUCAUAUCCCAUCACAGAGACCCUUUUUCGUUUGGAGGAAUCGAGUACGUGGAGCAAUGCUAAAGUUUUCAAUUCUCUAUUUUGAUUGUUUGUGCAAGGCGCGAUUGUCAUCAAAAUAAAUUUUUUGAAGGCGAAGAGUAUAGAAAAAUUAAGGGGGGGAUUUCAAAGAUGCGCCUUAUCCCUUCAAGACCUUCAAAUUAGCUAUUGCUAUGAAUUGAAGAGUCUAAGACUAGGUGGUAUGGAGCAUCUUACCAAUCUUAAAUCACUCGAAAUUCGGGAUUGCACAAUGCUGGAUUUGAAAGAGAAGGAAGGAUGCCAUGGAAAUGCCUUCACUCGUUGUCUUCCUUGAAGUUAUGGGGCCUUCCGAAAUUGUCGAAUCUGCCAAUAGGGUUUCAAUACUUGAGAAACCUUGAAUCCCUUGGUGUUUCGUAUUGCAAAAAGUUGAAAGCCCUUCCAGAAUGGCUUGAUUCAUUAACAUCACUGCGACGUAUUCGCAUUGAGCGUUGCCCCAAACUGAAAUUAUUUCCAGAAGCAAUGCACGAGCUCACCUCCCUCACCGAGCUUCAAUUAAUAUGGCCCAGUUAUGACAUCAAGGAAAGAUGUCGGAAUCCAGAUGGGGGAUGACUGGUCUAAAAUACAACACAUACCUCAUUUUCUUAUGAAGUACUCUGAUAAUUUUGAUGAUCAAGACAAUGCUGAUGAUUGUGAUGAUUCUGAUGCUGAAUACAAUGAAGAUGAAGAUGAAGAUGAUGAUGAUGAUGAUGAUGAUGAUGAUGAUGAUGAUAAUGAUAAUGAUGAAGAAGAAGAUGAAGAUCACGAUGACGAAGACGACUACUUUGAUGAUGAUGGUAAACACUUUGAUCCCUCUUGUCUGUUUAUACACACUAUGAUUCUACAUUUAGAGCCACGCUGUUUUAUUAUAUUUUACCUCAAAUUUAAAUUUAAUUCCCACUUUUGCAUGCAAAUUUACUCAUUUGUUUCUUUUUUUUUUAACGGUAAAAGCCUCGUAAUAUAUUAUAUACUCAAGCACAAUUCUCACAUUUUUCACACGAAAACCUUUAUGCUAGAAGCCUAGAAGUAUAGACACAAUAUAAGUCCUCUCAUACCAGACUUUAAAUAGUUCACUUUAUAAGAGAGGUGAAUGAGAAUUGACCUUUUAUCACUGUUGACUUCUUAUAACAAAGCAACAAAUAACUCAAUUAACUCAAAUUUUUGUAUGAAACAGUCUCAUACAUGGGUUAAUAACCCAUCUCAUAUAUAUUAUGAGAAAUUGAGAAUAAGGCUCUUUGUCAAGAGUAACUCCUCAAUCAAAAGCUAAAGCUCAUAAUUGAAGUCCUAGAGUAUAACUUAUACUCUAUUAAGUUUUGGAUUUUAGUUUGAAUUUCCUUUGGUGUUGUAGAAUUUUAAAUUUGAUCAUCUGAAGGGUGUCGGAAAGUUCACCGAAAAUAUGGAAGUACGUGUGAAUGGAGCUGUGUAAAGUUGAAGGAUGGAAGAAUGGAACUAUUGAAGCAGUUUACCUGGUAUAAACACGUUCACAAAUUUUUAUAAGAGACGGUCUCUUUGAUAGACUAUCUUUAAUUGAGUCAGUUCAUUAUAUAUUUUUUUAAAUAUUAUAAGUAGCCAUUAAGAAUGUUAUAAAUAAAUUUUUAAGGUAUUGAAAGUAAGCAUUAAAAAU